GAGGCCUGUUCAUCCUUACUCUGCUGCUGUCGGGAUGGAGAUGGCGUGCUGCAGAAGGAGGGAGGAGAUGAACAACGACAAUGAGACGGCGCUGCACUGCGCUGCCCAGUACGGCCACACCGAGGUGGUGAAGGUCCUGCUGGAGGAGCUGACCGACCCCACCAUGCGCAACAACAAGUUCGAGACCCCUCUGGACCUGGCCGCGCUCUACGGGAGGCUGGAGGUCGUGAAGAUGCUCUUGAACGCUCACCCCAAUCUCUUAAGUUGCAACACCAAGAAACACACUCCCCUGCACUUGGCGGCUAGGAAUGGGCACAAAACAGUGGUCCACGUCCUCCUGGAUGCUGGCAUGGACAGCAACUAUCAGACUGAAAAAGGCAGUGCUUUGCACGAAGCUGCUUUGUUUGGCAAGACAGAUGUGGUACAAAUAUUGCUGGCUGCAGGUAUUGAUGUCAACAUAAAGGAUAACAGAGGCCUGACAGCUCUGGAUAUUGUGCGGGAGCUUCCUUCUCAGAAAAGCCAACACAUAGCAGCUCUCAUUGAAGAUUACACGAUUGGGAAGAAAAGUGCCAAAGCUGUGGAGAAGACUGUUCCAGCCCCACUUGUUCCAGCCCCCGAUCCCGUCUGCCGGGUGUCUCAGGGUGACGUGGAGAAAGCAGUUACAGAACUGAUCAUCGACUUUGAUGUGAACCCAGAAGAGGAGAGCCCCUAUGAAGCUUUAUACAACGCGACGUCCUGCCACUCCCUGGACAGCCUGGCCAGCGGGAGGUCUUCUGACCGGGAGUCUGUCAGCAAGGAAGGGGAGUCUACGGGUCCCAAAGCAGCGGGAGUCAGGCCUAGAGAGCGUCCACCCCCGCCUGCCAAGCCACCGCCCGAUGAAGAGGAGGAGCAGCAUGUAGAGAAGAAGAUAGGCCAUGGUGCUUCCUCUGAGGCCUCUGUUGCACGAGGAAAGAGCAAGGGCAGCGGAGCUGAGGAAGAGGAACACCCUUACGAGCUGUUGCUCACAGCAGAAACGAAAAAGCCGGUUGCAGUGGACAGGAAAACAAAAGACCACAGGAGGAGCAGUGGCAGCCGCAGCCAGGACUCCGCCGACGGCCAGGACAUCCAGGUUCCAGAGCAGUUUUCAGGGUUGCUUCACGGCUCUUCCCCGAUCUGUGAGAUAAGCGAGGACCCUUUCAGGCUGGUUUCCUCCGCGGAGAAAGGAGGGACGGAAGCUCCCGGCCACCCACCUGCUAUGCAGCUGGAGGAUGCUGACUUACCUGCCCCUGGACCAGCACGGACCAGCUCUCCGGACCAAAACCAGAAAGUUAUCUACGCCACCGUCCAGCACACGCACGUCACCCGGGCGGAUCCCGAGGCUGUAGUCACGCCCCACGUGCUCCAGCACCCCGGCGGUGCCGAGGAAGAGGGGGACAGAGCUGUGGGCAGAGCCCACCCGGGGAACAAGCCCAAAGCCGAGCUCAAACUCAGCCGCAGCUUGUCCAAGUCGGACUCGGAUCUCCUGACCUGCUCUCCCACGGAGGACGAUGCCAUGGGGAGCCGCAGCGAAUCCCUCUCCAACUGCAGCACCGGGAAGAAGAGGCUGGAGAAGUCCCCGUCCUUCGCCUCGGAGUGGGACGAGAUUGAGAAAAUCAUGAGUUCCAUCGGCGAAGGCAUCGACUUCUCUCAGGAGCAGCAGAGGAUCUCAGGUUCGCGGAUGCUGGAGCAGAGCGUCGGGGAGUGGCUGGAGUCCCUGGGCCUGCAGCAGUACGAGAGUAAGCUGCUUUUGAACGGCUUUGACGAUGUCCGCUUCCUGGGCUGUAAUGUCAUGGAAGACCAGGACCUUCGGGACAUCGGGAUCGGUGACCCGCAGCACCGGCGGAAGCUGCUCCAGGCUGCUCGCUCCCUCCCCAAGUUGAAACCCCUGGGCUGCGAUGGGAACAGCCAGCCUUCGGUUCCCGCCUGGCUCGACUCCCUGGGGCUGCAGGAUUACAUCCAGUCCUUCCUGUCGAGUGGCUACAGCUCUAUUGACACUGUGAAAAACCUCUGGGAGCUUGAAAUAGUGAACGUGCUGAAAGUGAAUCUGCUCGGCCAUCGGAAGAGGAUCAUCGCCUCCCUGGCAGACAGACCCUACGAGGAGCCACCAGCAAAGCCGCCGCGGUUCUCGCAGCUGAGAUGCCAGGACUUGAUGUCCCAGACAUCAUCACCCCUGAGCCAGAACGACUCCUGCACGGGCAGAUCAGCCGAUCUCCUGCUGCCCUCCGGGGACACCGGGAAGAGGCAACACGACCACGGCACCGACGUUACUCCCUACUCCAGAGCCGAGCGCUACAAAGCACAGGAGGACCGUCGGGAGUCAAAGCUGACCCUGCGCCCCCCCAGCCUGGCUGCCCCCUACGCCCCAGUCCAAAACUGGCAGCAUCAGCCCGAGAAGCUCAUCUUCGAGUCCUGCGGGUACGAGGCCAACUACUUGGGCUCCAUGUUGAUCAAAGACCUCCGCGGGACAGAGUCUACGCAGGACGCCUGCGCCAAGAUGAGGAAAUCCACAGAGCAUAUGAAGAAGAUCCCAACCAUAAUACUGUCCAUCACGUACAAGGGGGUGAAGUUCAUCGAUGCCUCUAACAAGAAUGUCAUUGCUGAGCACGAGAUCCGGAACAUCUCCUGCGCCGCUCAGGACCCCGAGGAUCUCUGCACGUUCGCCUACAUCACCAAGGACCUGCAGACCAGCCACCACUACUGCCACGUCUUCAGCACCGUGGAUGUGAACCUGACGUACGAGAUCAUCCUCACGCUGGGGCAGGCGUUCGAGGUCGCCUACCAGCUGGCCCUCCAGGCCCAGCGAGCGAAGCCCCUGGGCGCUGCAGCAGGAGAAACCAUUGAAACGAAAUCUUCCAAACCGGUGCCUAAGCCGCGAGCCGGCACGAGGAAAUCCGCACUGGAGCCCCCUGAAGUGGACCAAGACUCCCAGUCUCAUGCCAGCGUCUCCUGGGUCGUGGACCCCAAACAGGACUCCAAGCGGACCCUCAGCACUAACUGAUCUCCGGGCAGCUGUCUCCUACCACGGAAAUGUAGUAACGGGGCAGAGACCUCGGAAGCAGUGACCUGCUGACGUGAAGAUCAUCUCCAUCUGGCACCGGUGGCUGCCUCAGAGGCGGGGGCUCGGUGGGGGCUCCUAAAGCAGAGGGGGGAGAGAGGGAUCCCAGCCACCGGCUGAGCAAAAGCAGCUCCCUCCAUUUCUAGCAAGGAAAAGUUGAGACUUCCGAGAGCGAUGUCACCUUUUCUAGUUUGAGACAAAUGUCUUUCGACCCGUUUUUGUUAUUUUAUAACGUGUGAGCAAAUCCAGUUCACAGUUUAAAUGUAGCACUGCAGGUUUUUGGGGGAGGAAAAAAAAAAACAAAAAACAAAAUACCCUUUUUUUUACUGAGAAUCCACGCAGUCCAGCAAGGAGUACAGUAGAAAGUCUUAGCAGUGGGAGUGGUGUGUGCAUCUCUAACGGUACUUAAACCUGCUUCGGUUCUGGGUGAACAGUAGAGAACGCCAAAUUCUUGGAAAUAACUUUCUCCAGCAGGAGAAGCCUUGCAGGGUAAGUCUGUGUCCUUGGGUUUCCAAACUGCUCCAGGCUUCUUUUAGAGCGAAUGGAAAUAACUUAAGGAAAAGAAUCUGCAAAGGAUCUUUCACCCCCCAAGUGGUUGUGGCCAAGUAUUCCCAUCGGUACGAAGCUUCCCCUCAGAGGACUCUGGCGUUGCAAUACUUGACAUUUCUAUGGCAAGGACACCAUUUCUUCCCGUUUCCGCACUGAAUACCUGGAGACAACGCCCUUCUCCAGCCUCCUGUGCACCCGUCUUGUUUUUAAAUGCAGUUAUGCCCUGAAGGGUUGGGGUUGGUUGGUUGUUUUCUUUUUUUAAAAAAAAGUACAUUCAAUUGUGAUUUAGCACUUUUUUGAUACUAGCUCAUUAUUUAAUUAGUGCAACUUUCAGAAGAUGAACAAAUAAGGAGUUAAAUUUUGGGCAUUACACUGAAACAGUCCGUACCUGAGGAUAAAUCAUAUUAACCUGAGGAUGUCAAAGCCCGGUAUCCCCAAAAAUCACCGUCUCAAAGGUGCUGUGUGCUUGGUUUUCUUUGAAUUACCAGAGUAUUUAGCAGUAGGUUUGGCUGUGACUGAUGUUCUCGCAGUCCUGUUCCCCUCCAGGGAGAGACGUUCAAAUGGUUGUGAUUUUUUUCUUUCUUCAGACGCAAAAACGUAGCGCAGCACAUUUGUUGUGAUCACAGGCCUCCCCGUGGCUGGGGACGGGGUUCCCUGCUGCUCUCCUAGAACGAUAACGCCCAAAUAAUUAGUGUUUAACUCCAGUUGCUGCUGUAUGUCAGGACGUCAUUGAGUCUCUCCAGCCAGCGAGGCUGGGAGAGAAGUGAACCGUAAUCCCAAGGGCAUAGACCUGUAAAUGAUUAGAAAGGGGGAAGUGGAGAUUAUUAUUAUUUUUUUUUUAAGUUGAUGAAUUUAGGAAACUUAACAUUCCUUGUUAUGCAUAUGUUGCAAUUCAUACUGGUGUAAGUGUAAAUAUUUGGUGUGUUGGCAACAAGUCUUUUUGGAGAGAUUGCAAAUUGAACCUCUGCUUGGGAGGAGGGACACCUUUCUUUUGGAAUUUUUUUGGUGGUUUUGGUUUUUUUUUGCUGCAUGAGCUUUUGGAAGAUCGGCUUGGAGGUGACGUGGUGAUGAAGACUCCAAUCUCCAAGGGAUGGGGUUGACCCUGGUGGUCCUUCCCAGUCCCGCGUGUAAUCCUAUGGGUGUCUUUAGUGAUCCAACAGUUCUUUAGCCAGAUACUCUCUUUUCUCACUUCAGAGGCAAAAGCAAUUGUUUUGGGAACGCAUCUCCCCUUCUAUUUCGAUGGGUUUUUCUCAAGGUACCUUCACGCUGGAGACCAGCCCUGGACCAGGCCAGUCACUGUCUCCCAGUCGUCCCAGCGUCGCGCAGUGCUCUGGCUGCUCCUCCUCCCCACAGGGUUUGCGGUGUCUGGAGGGAAGUGCCCUAAAUUUCUGGUGCUGAACAGGACUUGGAAUCAAAACGCAUCUGCUGUAUUACCUGCCUGGGAAAAAAUGGUGCUGCCCUGGGCCUCGCUCCCCUUUUUAAGGAGUUUGUUUUUUACAGGCUUUUUGGGUUGUGCACGCCAUGAGUCCAGGCUGAGAACUCAAGAGCUAAACCAAGAUGCAGAGUUGUCUUUUUUUUUUUUUUUUUUUAUAGGAGGGGAUGAUUUUUUUUGUCCAAAUUGAAGCUGCUUUAUCCUUUUUAAUUUUGUAUUUACAAAAAAAAAUGUAAAAAAAAAAAAAGGCUAAUUUUAGCUGUUCAGCUUUGAACUCACGUUGGGCUUGUUCUUUUUAGAAGUUAUGCAACUUUGGCGGGUACGUGCCUGUCCCCCCGUCCCAGGGAGACGAUACGGCACCUUCCAGGACGUACCUCGAGUCCGUACCUUCCCCAGGCUGCUGAGACACAGACCCGAUGCCAAA